UUUGUGCGUAAGAGGAUAGCCCUCUUCCAGGCCCCGUUUUCCGCGUUUUUUAAUUAUUUAUUUCCGUGUAAACUGCAGUCUUGAUAUAAAAACAUUGAUGGUCGAUAAUUUAGCCCUGCGUUGAGGGCCCCGGGGAGAACCGCAAAAGGAUUCUAAAGUCAUACCAGACCUCCAGUUUAUAUCCAGCGACAUGGCUCGACCACGGCCGCGGGAAUACACGGCAGGAGAUUUGGUUUUCGCUAAGAUGAAGGGAUACCCGCACUGGCCGGCGAGGAUUGAUGAGCUUCCAGAAGGAGCUGUCAAACCACCUGCCAACAAGUAUCCCAUCUUCUUCUUUGGGACCCAUGAAACUGCAUUCUUAGGGCCUAAGGAUCUUCUGCCCUACAAGGAGUAUAAAGACAAAUUUGGCAAGUCCAACAAGAGGAAAGGCUUCAACGAGGGCCUGUGGGAGAUCGAGAACAACCCCGGAGUCAAGUUCACAGGCUAUCAGGCCAUCCACCAACAGAGUUCAUCAGAAACAGAAGAGGGGGGUAAUGCUGCUGAUGGCAGCAGCGAGGGCGAAGAGGGCGACUCCGUUGAGGAGGAAGAUGACAAGGAGAAGCUGAAGGGUGACAAGACCGGAUCCAAACGGAAAAAGACAGCCACCUCCAAGAAGUCCUCCAAGCUGUCGAGGAUCUCAUCUGGAGAGGACGACCUGGAGAAGGAUGGGAAAGAUGACGACCAGAAGAGCGGCUCAGAGGGAGGAGACCCCGAUAACGACAUCAUCCAAAAUACCACUGACAGUAAGCCCCUUUUGGGUGAAACAAGCGCUGUAAAAGUGCCUAGUGGCACCAUGCCUAAGCUGCGAAAUCGAAAAAAAAACAACCUAGUUUAUUUUAUUUUUUUUACUUCCCCAAAGAGCUAAGGACAGUAAAAGACAUCUGUGGCUUCAGACCAUUCACAGACAGGAUAAUGUAUAUGUGUCCGUCUGUAGCAAACACUUCAUCACAGAUUGGUUAAUGAUGUUACUGAUUAAAUGACGUGUGCUGAUUGUAACUGUAGAUUAAAGAGAAUCAGUAAAGAGUCUCAGUGAUGGUGGAACAAAUGUUUUUACUGUGAAAAAAUAUGGCCCUACGCUUUUAGAAUAGAGUUUGGAUGACUGCCUGGAGCAGAGCGUAUUUUAACCUUAAGAAUUCACAUAAACUAAGCUGACCUUCCUUCUAACAAUGAACCCUAUAUACAGCAUAAAGUAAUGUAGGAAGUAGAGACAAAACCCACAUGCUUUCUUCUUCUGUCAGCUCGUGGUAAAAGGUUGAUUAGUGAACACAAAUGGCUAUGAAAAUAGAGACAGCAGUUCCGCUUCGCCACAGUGAUGUAAUUAGUUUACAGUAAUUUCACAUUAGACAGACGACCAAAACAGAAAAAAUAAAGCAUCUUAAUGUCAGAAAAAGUGAAAAUAUGAAUAAUAAAUAUGAGAUUCAGUAAGGUAGUUGUAUAUGUCAGGCUUAACCCCCAUUUAUUUAAUUUUUUCUAUAUAAUGACACUGAUCAUUGUUCUGCAAUGACAUAACUGUUUUCUAAACUGGCCAUAGGAUUUGGGCCCCUAUAACUAGCAAUACAGUAUGAUUAUUUUAUUCUAUUAAAUUGGCAAUGACUUUGGCAAUUUGCAUUUCCCACCAGUCAAAUUGGGGGGACUGCUUUCAGCCAGAAUAGGAAGGGGGCAUGAAGCAAGGCUAGAGGACCUGGAUUGGCUGCUCUCAUCCAAAGCCUUUUCCACACCUAUCAUCUACAUCUCACAGUCGUCAUCGGCAAUUUGAGUUGUUUCUCAAUUUCACAUUGGAAUAAAUAGGAAUUAUAUUGCUUAAUUAAUUUCAUACAGAAGGGAAAAAAUGUGCAUCCACAGCCAAGUCACAAUGUCACAUUGCUAGCUAGAGUGAAGUCCGGUGAAGAAGUAAUAUAUUUAUAUAUACCAAAAUGUGUUUAGUUCUUGUUUGAGAAUGAGACUGUUCAGUAUUUAAAUGCAGGAAUGUAUUUUUUGUUGGUACCGGUCCGUACUGAGUUGAGAUAUCCAUGAAUUACAAUUUUAAUUACCAUCAGCCCAGAAGCUAGCGCUACCUUAGCUAGCUGGCCACAACCCUGCUACAUUGUAUGUCAUUUUGGAUUCAUACUAAAAAUAAAAAAAAGAGUUUAACACAGGCCCAUCAACAGUUUAUCUUCACAAAACACAUUUUGGCAAGUUUAAAAGGAUGAAUGUAGACAUGUAUUAGCUAACCUGUGUAAAACCAAACACUGUCAAUGUCAGUAACACAGCGUCUUUAGUUUAGCCUAAUAAUAUGUCAGUUAAGUAACUGCUAUUAAAACAUGACUGUAUUAACAAAGGAAAUGUCAUAUAAAUAAAAUGCAAUGUAAUUUAUGGCUAGUAAAAGUACCAAAUUCACAAACAGGAUGUGAUAUGGCUGGCUUUAUCUGUCAGAGUGAAUCACAGGAAUGUUUCAGGCAUUUAACCGGAAUGCCUUCUAAAAUUCGAAUGACUUUUUCAUCUAAAAGGUCACUGAACUAUUAAAUUAAUCCCAAACAAUUUUAAUAAUUGAUUAAGUUAUAAAUGUAGAGGAUAGGACAUAUUCAAUAAUCUUCUCAAUCAUUGAUACAAAUUAAUUAAUUAAAAGGUACAUUUCGUGAUUUUAUUAUAGCACCCUACAGCACCAACACAUUUCAAGAGUCAGCUCACUAUCAGGCAACAAUGUUGUGUUUCCAUCCAGCAGCUGUCAGUUUGAAUCCAAUCCAGCAAAAAUGUCUUGAAUCCACUGUAGCCUGUAUUAAAUGUCCAGAAACUUUGAACUUGGGAAACCUAACACUGUCAGUGUUCGGAUUUGGGAAACAUUUUUCACCAUUUUCUGACAUUUUAUGGACCAAACAACUAAUCGAUUAGUUGAGACAAUGACUGACUGAUUAAUGGAUCAUGUAAACACUCAUUAGUUACAGCAUACCCCCUACAGUAUAUGCAGGGGUCUCCAAUGUGGUGCUUGAGCAACACUUUGAAAGAAGUGUAAAAAUGGGUUGCAUUGUGUCAAAACAUUUCAAUACAUUACUUAUAUGUUUUUAUGAAUUCAAAAAGUAUAUUGGGUGUAUUACAUGUUCUGAGCUGACACCAUGCUUCUCUGUUCUGCUCUUCUGCAUUUAGUGGUUAUUCUAUGUGUCCCAAAUGGUGACCUCAGCCCUUUCCCCCUUUCUCAGAGUUGCACUUCUAAUCAAUUAAUUGGGUUACCUUCAUUAUUGAGUAGAUUUCUCAUAAGGUCCUUCAGUGUUAAUAUCAGGACUAAAGGAAAAACAACAUUCACACCCACAAUUCCAAAGGCAACACUGUAUUGACUAAAGGUAGAAAUACACAGUUUUUCUGUUGAAAGCCUCAAUUUAACAUGGAUGUUUAAAUACAAUUUUCUAGUAGGCAAUUUUCUCCCUUACGUAGCCCUCACUCUCAAAAAGGCUGGAGACCCCUGACAUAUGGUUGAAAUGCGUAUGUGCAAUGCAACAGUAAAACAGACAGCUUACUGCCUCUUUAGUAAUAGUUGAACAAUGACUCAUUAUAUUUGCUCAGAAGGUCAGUUUUACAGUAGUUUGUAAAAUCUGUGUCACAAAACAAAAUACAGUAUCGGUGCAUCUCCUCUCAGUAUGUGACGUGAUGUCAUUGCGUGUCACAUGUAGGCCAGGUGAAACAGGGAGUUGUGGUGGCGUGUGUUCUUCCCAGUACUUCAUAAUCACACAUAGUGUAGAUAGCCAUCAAUCAGUAAUAAUACUGGCCCGUGCAUACAUACCGUGCAUCUGUAUUGUAUCACUCAUGAUUACCUGUCACUGUGUACAAAUGCAUUUGACCACCAUAUAUAUAUACACUCUC